AUGAUUGGGUUUUCUAAAGUGGGAGUGAGACAACUGACAAAGAGGAAGGAAUACCGUUCGUAUGAACGAUACAAGUACCAUUCCGGAGUAGGUGUGUUCGGGCAUCGACCGCGUGAAGCGAACGAAUCUGAUAUUCCAGAAAGUGUCAUAGUGAAGAGAUAUGAAAACUGUAGGGCGCAGCAACUAGUUAACGCCUAUCGCACGUACGGUCAUCUAAAAGCGUCCAUAGAUAAUGUGGAUUACAGAAAUGAAAAAAGAACCGUAAAAGAGCUCGAAUUAGCAAAAUAUGGACUCACUUCAGAGGAUUCAGUUGAUCUAGGACUAUUAUAUGGUUACAGUGGCAAACAACCAGCUAAAAACCUUGUUGAACAAUUAGAGAAGAUUUACUGUGGACCUAUUUCCUACGAGUUUCUGUAUCUAGAGACCGAAACAGAGAGAGAAUGGUUUGCUCAGCGUAUAGAAAGCAGUACAGAUUCCGUAGAAAAUAACCAAAAAAUUGAAAUUCUUAAAGAGCUUCUACAUUCUCAAGCAUGGGACAAGUUUCUAAGUGUGAAAUAUCCAACUGUGAAACGGUACUGCGGAGAAGGCGCCGAAUCUUUACUAACUUUCUUUUCUACAUUGUUUGGACUUACCACCUCAGAGGGCGUCCAACAAGUUGUUUUAGGCAUGGCCCACAGAGGAAAAUUAAAUGUAUUGAGUGGUCUAUUGAAAUGUCCACCAGUGAAAAUUUUCCAUAAAUUUAGCGGCAGACCGGAGUUCCCUGACGAAGCUAACGCUGCUUGCGAUAUUUCUACACAUCUAAGUGCAUCAGCUGAUAUAACCAUAAACAAUAGGACCGUUCGUUUUUCACUACUUAACAAUCCUUCGCAUUUAGAGGCAGCAAACCCUGUUUCAAUGGGAAAAACAAGAUCCAAACAGUUGAAGUUAAAGGAAGGAGACUAUUCACUAGAUGGAUCGUCUAGGAUGGGAGAUAAAGUGCUGAAUGUUCAGGUCCACGGUGAUGCGGCUUUUACAGGACAAGGGAUAAACCAAGAAACACUAAUGUUAUCACAAGCGCCACAUUUUGAUGUUGGCGGGUCAUUACACGUCGUUGUCAACAAUCAAGUUGGAUUUACUUUACCCGGCGAGCGUGGACGCUCCUGUAGAUACGUAACGGACCUAGCAAAAGCCAUUUCCGUGCCAGUAGUUCAUGUUAAUGGGGACUAUCCCGAGUUAGUCGUAAAAGCGACCAACAUAGCAUUUGAAUAUCAACGCAGAUUCCGUAAAGACGUAUUCAUAGACUACAACUGCUUCAGACGGUGGGGACACAACGAGCUCGACGACCCGACCUUUACCAAUCCACUUCUGUAUAAAUUAAUUCAUAAUAGAAAAUCGAUACCGGAUCUGUACGCCGAGAGGUUGAUUGCUGAGGGCGUAGUCUCAGAAGCCGAUGUGAAUAAAAUAUCUAACGAAUAUACCAAGUAUUUGCAAACGCAGUUCGAAGCCGUCAGUUCUUACACACCUGAGGUCACAUAUUAUCAAGAUCAAUGGACCGGUAUGUCCGCAGCACCUAAAGCCGUUGAAACUUGGGAUACUGGAGUCAACACGGAUUUAUUAAAACAAGUAGGAUUCGCUUCCGUUUCUGCGCCGAAUGGCUUUAACGUUCAUUCUCAUUUAGCCAAGACCCACGUCAAGAAUCGAUUGAACAAGCUGUCUGAUGGAAAAGAACUAGAUUGGGCUACAGCUGAAGCAUUGGCAUUCGGUUCUUUGCUAAUGGAGGGUCGUCAUGUACGACUAAGCGGGGAGGACGUAGGUCGUGGUACCUUCUCCCACAGGCACGUCAUGCUUGUUGAUCAGGAGACGGAACAAAUUCACAUACCACUCAAUCACAUACAUGAAGAACAAAAAGGAUUUUUAGAGGUUGUAAACUCGAUAUUAUCCGAAGAAGCCGUUCUCGGCUUUGAAUAUGGCAUGGCUUACGACUCGCCCGACAACUUGUGUAUUUGGGAGGCACAAUUUGGGGAUUUCUACAACGGAGCGCAAAUUAUCGUUGAUACAUACAUUGCGUCAGGUGAAGCGAAAUGGGUUCGCAGUAACGGACUAGUAAUGCUCCUACCGCAUGGAUACGAUGGCGCUGCAUCCGAGCAUUCUUCCUGCAGGUUGGAGAGAUUCCUGCAACUCACUGACAGUGCGGAGACCACGCCAGAUUCUGAAGCGGUUUGCAUGCAUGUGGUAAACCCGACUACGCCCGCGCAAUACUUUCAUUUAUUGAGACGGCAGGUGAUUCGAAACUACAGAAAACCUUUAAUCGUCGUGGCUCCAAAGCUACUCCUACGACUGGCAGAUGCAGUUUCCCCGUUGUCUGACUUCGCGCCCGGGACACAUUUCAAGCCUGUUAUCGGUGACACCGUAGCGGAACCAUUAAAAGUCAAACGAGUGAUAUUAGUGAGCGGGAAACAUUAUUACGAGCUACACAAAGAAAGAAUGAGGGCGAAUAUUGACGACGUGGCCAUUUUGAGAGUUGAAUCGCUAAGUCCAUUCCCUUUGCAGGCUCUACAAAAGGAACUCGAAAAAUAUAGUAAUGCUAGAAAAUUCAUUUGGAGUCAAGAAGAACACCGGAAUAUGGGAGCGUGGACCUUUGUGAAACCACGAUUUGAAAACCUUCUUGGAAGAAGACUGACGUACGCGGGUAGGGCGGAAGCGGCAACUCCAGCGGUUGGCGCAGCGACAUUACACCGAGCAGAAGUUGAACAUGUGCUACGCGAACCACUCUACAAUAUUAAAUAA